AUGGCCGAGUCGCCGCUGCCGCCGCCUCCUCCGCCACCUCCUCCACCGCAAGACGACCUCAAGAGAAAGAAGCCGACGCUUAACAAUCCCAACCAGCCGAAGCCCAGGAAGAGAAAGGACUUCCGCGCGAUCAUGGCGCUGUUCCACGACGAAGGAAAGGACAUGGCCAAAGUUAAACGCGAGUGGGCCGCGUUAUGGCAGACAACGCUGACUGAGAGUCAGGAGGACCACAAGCGACGGCGGCAGCAGGAACAGCACGGCAUAAAGCGCAAAAAGAACGAGCACGAUCAUGGCCUCAUGUCGGCUCGAGGUGGGCUGGGAUCGCGUCUCGGCAGCAUGAAUCAGGACCACCUCAAACGGGCACGACAGACUCGUCAGAGUCGAGUAAGGGCAGUCGACUAG